CCCGACCCUAAUUCGGGUUACUUCUUCGUUCUCAACAGAUUUUCUCGCAGUCAUACACAAACUCCGCGGCGGGAAAGCAGCCACUCUUCCAAUCCCCGCUUCUCUAAUAUUUUCUCAGUUCCACUCCUAGUUCGAAUUCCGGCGGUCUUUCCAAUGGAGGACAAGAUCGCUACAGCAGAGAAGAAGGUGCUUGUUGAGAUGGUGCGGUUGACCCAAAAGCGAGGAAUGAGAGGUAGUGAAGGAGACUGGAAGGAGUUUCUUAAUAGUCGUGACCCUAAGUUCGGGGCUAGCAUGAGUGACCCGUCUAAGAGGCCCAAUGAUUUGUUGAUUGCUUUUCUCAAGACAUUUAAUAAAGAGGAUGAUUUGAUGUUUUUGGAUAAAGUACUCCAGUGUAACGAGAAGCGCAAUUUUGUGAAGCAAGUAUCGCAGAUAACUCCAGGAAACGAAUCACCCGAGCAGAAGCUGGUCCGACUUACCCUUGAACACCCACAGUACCCAUUGGAAUAUUCAUUCCCGUCAUAUGAUAAGGAAUGGGUUGUUACAAAAUUUAGCCAAAAGUCUAAAGGACCAAAUUCAAAUUUGAUCUAUGCCAUUGACUGUGAGAUGGUUCUCUGUGAAGAUGGAACUGAGAACUUGGUGAGGGUUUGCAUGGUGGAUCGUGACUUACAAGUAAAAAUUGAUGAACUUGUGAAACCUAGAAAAGCUAUCAAGGACUAUAGAACUGAUAUAACUGGAAUUUCCCCUGGGGAUUUGGAUGGAGUUUCUUGUUCUUUGGCUGAUGUACAGAAAUCCAUUACAAAAUUCCUUUCACAUGGAAGAACUAUUUUGGUAGGCCACAGUCUGAACAAUGAUCUGCAAGCACUGAAAUUAGAUCACUCGAGGGUGAUUGACACUUCAUUUAUCUUCAAGUAUUCCAAUGGUUCUAUCUAUAGAAGGCCUUCUUUGAGUAAGCUGUGUAAGUCUGUCUUGGGCUAUGACCUUCGGAAGGAGGGUGCUCCACAUAAUUGUCUGGAUGAUGCUCAGGCUGCCAUGAAACUUGUUCUUGCGAAACUGGGGAGCAAAGCUGAUGAUACGAUUGCUAUAGCUGAUGAGGAUACACCUCAAGUUGGUAUGGAGAAACUACUUCUUCAUCGGAUACCAAUCAAUGUACCAAGUGAAGCAUUGGCUCGGGCUAUUCAUGGUGACUUUACCAUUGAACUUAAGCCACCUAAGAAAGGUCAAGGGGGGGAUAUAUACUCUGCACUUGCCAUUUUCAAGAAUCCCAAGGAGGCACAGCAAGCAUUUGAAGAGAUUGAAGGUAGCGCAGAUGAGGACUCAUCUGGACGGCCUCAAAAGCUCAUCAGAUUUCAACAUUCUGGAUCCAUUGUCAGUAUCUAUGUUCGCAAAAUGGGACAAAAGGACUUUGCAGACAAAUUCUCGUCUAAGAAGAGAGAUCUGGAGGUGAUUGAAAACAUAGUCAUGUCCAAAAAGCAGAAGACUGACAAUAAAAUGGAAAUUGAGACAAUUUCAAACUCAAGUAAAUGUUGCAACCAUGUGGAGGAGGUUGAAAGAUUGAAGCAAGAAUUGAAACGAAAGGAGGACUCGACUCACUGUUGUGAUCACGUGAAUGAGGUUGAGAGCCUGAAGGAAGAAUUAAGAAGGAAGGAUUAUGAACUUAGUAUCCUGCGUAAAACUAUCACCAUUGUGAAGAAGGAUAGCAAAAAGAAAAAAGGAAAGAAGAGGUAAAUUUUGCUUUUGAUUUAUGGCGAGAUUAUGAAGACAUCCACAAACAGUUCCAUCCUUCUAUUACGCCAAGAUUCAAUUCCCUACCGCCGGACGAAUAAUCUGACAUAAUUUAUUUGAAGACUCGGUUCCCUUGUAGAUUAUUGUACCAAUCUCGCAGGGGCAAGAGAAAAAGGGGUUCGACUUCCCGGUCUUAUUGCUGAAGAAUGGUAUCGUGUAUGGUUUGCCCCAACUGCUUCAAUAGGAGCUUAUUCUUAGAUUAUUGUACCAAUCUUGAAUGAGAGCUUUUUUUUUUGUUUCGCUUUGUGCACCAAGUUCAUUCAUUUUUCAACGUUUCUUUUUA